AUGCCUGCCCUUUCCCAUCAAACCGGAACUUCUGAGCGGGAAUGCUCUGAUCGCUCCGCUACUCGCGAGGUGGCCAGUAAGCCAUCGGCUCAGCCUUCUGAUUGGGCCCAGUCUUGGAGCUAUAAGCCGAGUUCGGUAACCGAGAAAUCUACGCGAACGCAUGACCUUUCGAAAAGUUCGAAGUCCAAGUCGCUUCGCUCGGAUUUGUCGUCGUCCACAAGCGAACGUCCGGCUAAGCCGCCCAAGACCCGUCGAAGCAACAAUCGCAACCUUUAUUGCCUUCUCGGGAUGGCAUUGCUUAUCCUGCUGGUUGUUGUUGCCUUAGCCGUCACGAUUCGUUUGAUAAUGAAAGACGAGGAAUACGUCGGCAAAAAGACGGCGGCACUGCAGAAGCGCCUGAAGGAAGAAUUCGGCACCGAUGUCCGUCUGGGCGGUGACGAUCCCGAAGUUGAUGUGUUUCCCAAGGGUCUCGAGCUGUUGGCAGCGACGCUGCUCGUUGAUGGAAGCCUCGACUCGCCACGUCGGAUGAGCAUGGGAUUCAACGACACCCUCAACCGUGUCGCCGUUGGUGACGGGCAAGAGAUCCCCGCGGGCAGUCACGUCCUUCAGAUUGUCUACCGCGGCGAGAUCUACAACGCCAUGCACGGUUUCUACCGAUCGAUGUACUACAAUGCGGAGGGCGAGCAGCGCUACAUCGCCAUCUCGAAGUUCGAGCCGGUCGAUGCGCGCGAGAUGAUGCCUUGCUUUGACGAGCCGAGGUUCAAGGCCAACUGGACGUUCACCGUGCGUCACCCUCUUGGCACGACGGCCACCUCGAAUAUGCCACUCGAGGGUGAAAUGACGACUGAACAUGCGAAAGGGCUCGCCUGGUCCCGUUCCAACUUCAAGCGCAGCGUGAAAAUGUCUUCGUACGUGACGUGCAUGAUUGUCCACGAUUUCGCCUACAUCACCAACAAGACGCGGAAGAAUGUUCAGGUUGGCGUUUAUGCGAAUCGGGACCUGAUCGAAUAUGGGCAACGGGCUCUCGACGUGGCUGUCAGAUUUGUCGACUAUUUUGAAGAACUGACGGGUGUCGACUACGUCCUCCCAAAACUAGACAUCUUUGCCAUCCCGGACUUUGCCGCCGGCGCCAUGGAGAACUGGGGCAUCAUGACUUUCCGCGAGCUGGUGCUUUACAACCCGGAAGUCAAAAAUACUGGAUUAUGGAUCGACACGGUCGUGCCGCACGAAAUCGUCCACCAGUGGUUCGGCAACCUGGUGACGAUGAACUGGUGGGGCCAUUUGUGGCUGAACGAGGGUUUCGCCACGUUCGGCGAGAUGUUGGGAGCACGGUUAGCCGGUCACGACGAUCCCCACAACACCACCGGGCUUCGCGCUUCGGCAUUCUUGUUGGAGUCGCGCGUCAUGGACGAGGACGACACCGUGCCGUACAAGCCGAUCGUGUACCCGGAAAACUUUGACCAGCGUGGACCGGUUUACGACAAGUACCCGCCGGCCUACGACUGGAUGCGCGAGUACUUCGAUGGGAUGAGCUACCAGAAGGCCGGCUACGGAAUCUACUCGAUGUAUGAGACGCUCGGCGAGAAGCGCUUCUUCCAGAUGAUCAAGGCGUAUCUGAAUAAGCACCGCUUCUCCACGACCCUAUCGUCGGACAUCUGGGAGGAAGACCCGAUAAAGGACGAUCUGUGGAAAAAUGCCGUCGCCGCCAACAAGGAUCAUCUGACAUUGGCUGGCUAUCCGGUAAUUGAUGUGCAACAGCAAAAGCCCGGGCAAUUCGUCGUCUCCACGCAGCGACACCGGCCCAUGGGCGUCUUGCUGACCGCCCAAGAAGAAUCCGAAUUCUGGCGCAUCCCCAUCACUUGGACCGGCAGCGACGAGAUGAUCUUCAUGAAGGAGAAGGACGAAAAAGUGAUCAUCCCCUUUGCCAACAAGUCACAAAAGAUUCCCUGCGUCAACCCGAAAGGUCUCGCCUACGCUCGCGUCAACUACGGCAAGCUUUGGCCUGAAGUCGCCAAGGAUUUUCUGAACAUCUGCCCCGAUGCGAUCUCUCGUAUCUUCAUCUACCACGAUCUGUUCUUCUUGGCUGAGAAUGGCCUAGUCGACUGGAGCGUGGCGCUGGACUUCCAUCGUUAUCUGCAGGAGGAGAACAAUGAUCAGGCCCGCGAUGCUCUGAUGGACCAGCUAUCGACGGUGAACAACAGGCAGCGAAAACUGUUGCCAGAGUCGCCCGGAAAUUGUGGCUUGAUCAAGUAUGCCGAGGGCGUCUUCCAGACGAUGUACAAUAACGGCGAAGCCGCCAACCAAGCCAAUAAACGCGGCCUAAAAUCUGCGCACACGUUGAAGGCGGAAGCUGCCCGGUCGAUUCGAGUUCACGACGAGGUUAUCCCCAAAUCGGCUACCCACUCGAAUUGCGAUACGCCCAAUCUCGUCGCCGUCGCCGUCUACCACAAAAAAGUGAUGGACAUCUGCGGCCAGGGGCAACGCACGAGCCAAUGCGCCGGGUGGAAGUAUUCUACUACGCGCGCGAAUGCUUAUUGCGAUGCGGUACGCGCCGACAAUAGCUCCGAGAUAGCCGAGCACAUCUACGAGAAGCUACGCAUCGAAACCGACCUGCUCGAACAGGAAAACCUGGGACGUGCCUUGUUGUGCAGCCCCGAUUGGUACUACGUGCAGCUGGUCCUGGACGCUCUGAUCGAGCGUACCGGCCUUGUGCGCCUUCAGUCAAUGUAUGCGCUCAUGUUCACGUUGUCCGAGAACUACCCGCAGCCACAUCGCUUGAUUGGCUUCCUAGAGAACAACGUCGAACGCAUCUACAAACGGAUGCACGAUUCGCCGGCCGAGAUGAAGAAGAUGUUCGCUGGCCUGAUGCGCGGUGUGCGGACCAAAGAAGAUGUUGAAGUGGUGAAGAAAGUCCGCAAGAUGGUGCCUGAGCACAUCGGGGAGCUCCCGCUCUGGGAUCAGGCCCUCGAGCGCUUUCACCGCGAGCAGGAGUGGAUCAACAAGUCGGCGCCCCGCAUCAUGGCCUACUACGACGACCUUGAAGCCAACAAAACCAAC